AUGGAAACAAGCAAUGGAAGUUUGGGAACAGACUUCAUCCUUCUGGGGUUUUCCAAUAGACCCAAACUAGAACGCAUCGUCUCUGUGCUUGUCUUCAUCUUCUAUAUUGUGGCUCUGGUAGGAAACUCUAUCAUCAUACUUGUGUCUUACCUAGACCCUCAGCUUCGCACGCCCAUGUAUUUCUUUUUAUCUAACCUGUCUUUUCUGGACCUCUGUUAUACAACUAGCAUUGUCCCACAGAUGCUUAUAAACCUAUGGGGAACAAACAAGUCCAUCACAUAUGCAGGAUGUGUGCUCCAGUUCUUCUUUGCUCUGGAUUUGGGAGCCACGGAAUGUCUUCUCCUUGCGGUGAUGGCCUAUGACCGCUACGCUGCUGUCUGUCAGCCUCUGUACUACACUGUGAUAAUGCACCCUCAGCUUUGUCAGAGGAUGUUGCUGAUCUGCUGGCUGGGUGGUCUUGGCAGUGCCAUAAUUCUUUGUUUCUUGACUCUGAAAUUGCCAAGGUGUGGCCAUAGAGAAGUGGACAAUUUUUUUUGUGAGAUGCCAGCAUUGAUCAAAAUGGCUUGUGUACAUUCCAAAAUAAUUGAGUAUGUUGUCUCUGCUCUUGGAGUUGUAUUUCUUCUAGUACCUGUAUCCUUAAUUCUCAUCUCAUAUGGAGUCAUCACUCAAGCUGUAAUGAGGAUCAAAUCAUCAGCAAGGUGGAGAAAGGCUCUUAAUACAUGUGGUUCACACCUCAUGGUAGUAACUCUGUUUUACGGAACGCUCAUUUACAUGUACAUGAAGCCACAGAAUGCCAUGUCUCAGGAGGAAGGAAAGUUUUUUACCCUCUUUUACACAAUUGUCACACCCACCCUUAACCCUCUGAUCUACACUUUAAGAAACAAAGAUGUGAAGGCUGCAGUGAAGAGAAUACUGUGGUUCAAAAACUAUUCAGCAAGAUUGUGA